UUUAAACUACCGGUGACGUAAUGUGACGUCAUUACAAACAUGGCGGCCGACGAAAACACCAACAUUGAACGCGAUAAGGAAAACAUGAUUCUCCUUAACAAGGAAAAGCCAUACGCGUACAUUAAAAGGAGAACAAACCAAGCAAAUAUGAACAUGAAGAAUGAGGUUUGUGAAAGACGCAGUACCACGGAGUACUGCUCAGAGCUCCAGGGCUGGAUGUGGCAGUACUACAGCGGCGCUGUGGGCUGGCAGAGCUGGGUGUCUGUGUGUGCUGCCAUGCCUCACUACCACCCUCUACUACACCCCGGGACCACCACGCCACACAAUGAGUUCACCGGCUUCGAUGCACAGAACUGGUACAACAACCCAUUUGGUCUGCCGUUGUCCACCUACUCGCCGGGUCUCCCCAGCCCCGCCGGGCCGACCGGGCUGCAGGCCCAGGGCAGCAGCUCCCUCCCGGCGGCCACACUGACCCAGCAACAGACCCCGGACCAGCGGAACGCACUCAGACCAGGUCGAGAGUAUAUCAUUCCUUCGCCCUUUCAGAGGCUUGUUGCUGAAAUGGUGGAUUUCUUCAUAUUGUUCUUCAUAAAGGCGACCAUCAUCAUCAGCAUCAUGCACCUGAGUGGGAUGAAGGAUAUCUCCAAGUUUGCCAUGCACUUCAUAGUGGAGGAGAUAGAUGAGGACACCUCCAUGGAGGAGCUUCAGAAGAUGAUGCUUGUAGCCCUUGUCUACCGGGUAUUGGUGUGUUUUUACGAGAUUGCCUGUCUCUGGGGGGCGGGGGGGGCCACCCCGGGGAAACUCCUCCUGGGCCUCCAGGUGGUGAUGUGUGACUCUUCGGUCCUUGUACAGCCUCGCAGGGUCCUGGUGGUGCCGGCCACAGAGGUCUCCCUCUCUGCUUCCACCAUUAGAGCCCUGAACAAGAACUUCUCCAUCGCCUUCUUCUUCCCUGCGUUCAUCACGCUGCUGUUCUUCCAGCACAACAGAACUGUGUAUGACAUGGUGGCCGGCACCAUUGUGGUCAAGCGCACAGGAGCCAGAUGAUCCACAGACGGACCAACACAUUCAGUCGGACAGAUGCUGCGUGCUAUUUAAUACAACACUGACCGUGUGGCUCAGUUUUAUCCUACGUUACAAUGAUUUACUGCAUGAUACAUGACUCCGAUGUGCGACCAGGGUGUCUGAGAUGAAACAUCCAUGUUCUUCAAUGAGAUUUUGUCUUUUUUUCUGAAAAGAUACCUUUUGACAUGCUGCUGAUUUUUUUCCUACAUGCAACUGUGUCUAAUAAUUUAAUUUAAUAACAUGCACUGGUUCUAUUGUAUGACGUAUAAAUCUUAAGACGCAAAGCCUUCUAGAUAGUCACAAAACAAAUCGAAACUUCACAUUAUUCCAGUAGAAGGGUGUUUCUACUUUUGUUUUACUAUUGAAUGACAGGUCUGCAUUUUUGAAAUUCUUAAUUAGUACCUUGAAAUGUGUUCAAAUACAGACAGAAUCACUCUUUAAUAUGAUUACAUCACAUGCAUACAUUUAUACUGCCUUUAAUAUUAUAUGAUGUAUGGCUUUUUGUAAUAUUUGUAAUGACGCCACUAAACCUUCUCAGUCUGACCGUUGUCAUUAAGUAUGCAUGCCAUGUAAUACUUUAUUUGUAUGCCACUCAUAAAAAUAGCAUUGAUUUAAAAAUGUUAGCAAAUGUAGUGUAAAGGUUUUAUUUCAUUACUGUAACAGUAAAACCAUGUAUUCUAUUUAUUAUAGCAUCAAAAUGGUACUUGAUAUUUAGUACGUUUGGAUCCUCUUUGGUUUACCCACUGCCAAGCUCAUCUAGCUAUAUCUGAAAAUUAUUCUAUUUUUGAUCAAGUUGCGUUGUCAAAAAAAAGCAUAAUGUUUGUCUACAGUUUAAGAAGUAAUAUUGAUUAUACAUUUAAUGCAGAUCAUUUAACAUUUAUUUUUCAUUUAAAUCUUAAAUAAAGAGAAUUGUCUUAUUGGAACUAAAUAACUUAA